GUCUGUCCCCAUUUUAUAAACGGAGCAAUUGAGAAAUCAGAAGUCAAAGCCAUUCAAAUCACCCCAGGAAACAGGAAUUACGGCAUACCCUCCUACCCCCGGGGACCAAGGCAUACAGUUCCCGCCAGUUUCUAGACACGUAGAUACCUGGAUAUCUGGAGUCCUAGGCAUUUAUUUCCCUAGCUCGGCCGGACGAUCUCCCGUUGGGGAAACAGAAAAGGCGCAUAUCCAAUCCCCUAAGUACCCCCCCAGUGUCAGGAACCCUGGCCUCCCUAUGGGGCUCCGGACCUUCAUCAUAAGGUCCCUUUAAAUACUUUGUCCCUUACCUGAGUUCCGCCCGGGACAGGUAGUCGCAAACCCCGCCCCUCUGCCAGAAACCGGGAUCUGGCCGAUUACAGAGAGCGGGAGCUGAGCGAGGCACCCCCUCCUUCCUUUCCCCUCCCCUCUCACCUGCCUCCUUUCACAGCUGGCCGCAGCUGGCCUUGGAGGCCCGAAUAAGAAGGAGGGGACUGUGUUUACACGUCUGGGCAGGUGUCCACAAAAUAUGAGGGGGCACCCCUCUCUGCUGCUGCUGUACCUGGGGUUGACAACCUGCCUGGACACCUCACCCAGUGGGGAACAAGACCAAGAAGUCUUCCUGGACUCCCCAGAGGCCCAGAGUUUCCUGGGCAGCCAUAGACGGAUUCCGAGAGCCAAUCACUGGGACCUGGAGCUGUUCACGCCGGGGAACCUGGAACGGGAGUGUUAUGAGGAGAAGUGUUCCUGGGAGGAGGCACGGGAGUACUUUGAAGACAAUACUAAGACGCGCUUCUGGGAGACAUACAUCUACAAUGGCAAAGGAGGGCAUGAACGAGUGGACGUAGCAGGCUUGGCUGUGGGGCUGACAUCUGGCAUCCUGCUCAUUGUCCUGGCUGGCCUGGGAGCCUUUUGGUAUCUACAUUGGCGGCGGAGCCGAGGCCAGCAGCCCAGUCCCCAAGAGGCCGAGCUCAUCAGCCCCCUAAGUCCGCUGAGCUCUCCGGGCCCGCCGACGCCCCUACCUCCACUCCCACCCCCAGGCCUCCCCACUUACGAGCAGGCUCUGGAGGCGUCUGGGGUGCACGACGCACCUCCGCCCCCCUACACCAGCCUCCGGAGGCCUCGCUGAAGAACUGUUUCGGAGCCGGGGUUCCCCGAACCGUGCCCCAGAUUCACACCAGAUUCCGGAAGCCCCCAGGCCUCUUAAACUGCGGAGCUGAGCUUGGGGGGUGGUGGGAGUAGGGGUCGUCCGGCCCGAGGCCUACCCUGGCACACGUGUUUCCGCCGCGUACGGAUACAUGCUUGUCCCCGGCGAAAGUGUUCCCGCGUCCCGGCCCCUCGCGGGCCCCCAAGCUCUCCUGACCUUGGGGUACCCACCAGCCCCACCCCUGGGGUAGGCGUGUCGUGGAAACUCGGACCCAGGCGCGCAGGCCGGGUGUGCAGACUCCCGUGUGAGCAGGUUUGACACGGCUUUCUCCCUCCAGAGCCACGGACAACGCACGCGCAGAGACCCGCCCGUGCACACGCAUGUCUUCAUGCUCUCCCCGUGCGCGUACAGGGGCUCUCUGCAAACCAGGAACAGGGUGGGGGGCAUUAUUUGCAACCGUGCUCGGUGGGGGCAGGCUCUCUCAUUGCACCCGGGGAACUGGAGUUGAGCUCUUCCCCUAAAUAAAAAUCCUUUGGAAAAGAAACCAAAAAAGUGAAACAAUGCAAAAAAAAUAAAAAACUUAAAUAAACUGAACUGUG